GCGCGAGACUGAGCCGAGCUGACCAUUGAUUAAACACGCAGUGACGCUGAGUGCAAGUAAUUUCCGGCGCUAUCCACCCUAGACUUAUCCGGGAUUCCAGUGGCUCCUCGUCGAAUUGGCUCGGAAUACAGCAGUACAGAACAGGCUGCGCUCUGAGCUGGGGACGCUCCGCGGGAAACUUGACCCAGAGACGCUAUCGAGCCUGCCCUACCUCCAAUCGGUGGUGAGCGAGGGCCUGCGCUUCCACCCUCCCAUAACCGAAACGGUCCGCGUGGUACGCGACCACCUCUCGCUUCCGCUGGUCUCGCGCAUUGACUCGCCCCCAGGCCGCCGAGGACGACGUGAUCCCGCUCAGCGCGCCGAUCGUGACGAAGAGCGGCGAGUCCGUGACGAGCAUCCGCGUCGCGAAGGGCACCGCCGUCGCCGCCCCGCUCGCCUUCCUCAACAGCGCGCCGGCGCUCUGGGGCCCCGACGCGCACCGGUUCGACCCCGACCGGUGGUGGCUCCUGCAGGACGCGCCGGGGUUCCCGGGCGGCAUGCACCUCGCGCACGGCGACGGGCCGCGCAUGUGUCUCGGGGCCGAGAUGUCGGGCGUGCUGAUCAAGGUCGUUCUGGCUGUGCUGGUGGGCAGCUUCGCGUUCGAGCUUCCGGGAAACGCACAAGUCGUCGAGGAUAGCGACGGGCGUCCAAAAUCGAAAGGACGCGGGGCAGAGCUGUUGAUGAUAGUCCGCAGGGCGUAAGGCGCGAGAAGACUUUUAUUUCGAAGCAGGAUGCUGCAGGAGAUCAAGAGAGCCAGCGACGCGUGGAUCGUGUUACGUGUAAGUUGUACUUCAUGGUCGAUGGAUGGACCGCACAGGUCCCGGUGUGGAAUAGUCGAGUUUUGUACCAUUUCGAACACAGAUAAUUUAUCGGGC